AUGUUCCUGGAUUAUCAGGCGGACUGGAAGAAAGCGCGUGAAUACUGCAUGGCAAACGGCAAGGUCAUCAGGUCAAUGGGCCAAGUUACACUGAAAUUCCAACUGCCUUGCUGGAAAGCGCCUCGAAGCAUAGAGUUCCAAGUUUUGGAGGAGCUUGAGAGACCCGUCAUUUUUGGCGCAGAACUUGCCAUCCAAAUGUCCAAGUUAGAUCGUCUUCCGUGUACGAACCAUGAAGAUUCUGCACCCCGUGUCACGCAUUUGUCUCGAAAAGGCCAGCGCCCCACGCGCGUCUUCAGAUGCCUUGUCGACGACAAGAUGGUCGAAGCCAGUGCCGACACAGGCUCAGACCUGAGUUUGAUAUCUCCUUUAGCAGUUUCCAAACUCUCCGGUGCUGGCUCGAUGAGGACAGAGAACUUCGAUAUAACCUUAGCCGACAAGUCAAAGGCCCACAUUGACGCCUCCUUCCGAGCUUCUUUUUCUCCAUAUUCUGCCUCGAAAGAAACCGUAACAGAGAGAUUUUAUAUUCUGGAAGGAUUGACCGCUGAUAUCUUCCUUAGUCGUCACAUUCUGGACAAGAUUGGCGCCUUUACGAGGAAUCAAGCCUCCUUUUCUGAUUCAUUAGGGCAACCCAUGCUUUACAACCUAAAUGUGGCUGCAUAUCUAUCCGAGCCAUCAGCCAAUCUCUUGAGCAUAUUCAGGACGGGUCGUCGUGCAACGACCAAGACUGACGCUUCGUCUGCAAAGCCCACCUUGCAGAACCUUCCGCCACCUUCGACCCCUGAUGGCGACUUUUAUGCAGCGCUCAAAGUCGUCGCCGCAUACGAGACUCAUCGCAGAGAGAAAGCAAGGGUAGAAAUUGCUGGUUUGAGUGGAGUACAAAAAGCUAUCGCCGAAGACGCCGAGAAAAGGAGAAUUGAGCGGUACGAAACCGAUUUGAAAAGCAGAUUAGACGAAAGGACGCAAGCCGCCAAUAAUGCCUCCUAA